GGGCACAGCAUAGGCUAUGCGAAAGGCAAGCUGAUAAUAUUUCCUCGCAAAUACAACAUGCUAACAAUCAUGUGAUUUCAACUCACACUACGGAUGUGACAACUGACAAGACAAGUAAAGUGUGAAGAUGGUACUUACAUCCAUUCGAUUUCGGAGGUUACUUCAAGUUUUCCAAAGAGCGGAAGUUCACAUGUCACUUUGAGUUCACCGGUGCGCAUCGGUGUUAGUUUGUCUACACACCCCAGAGACAUAGCCCCAGCUGUCAAAUGUCUCCGUGUAAGACUUUGUUUCUUGCCGCGUUCGAUUACAAAACUGUGAAAUAUGUCAUUGCGGAAAAUAAGAAAGUCGGCGUAUUAUACAGAGUUAUUCAGUUGUCCAUUCUGGGAUACUUAAUCGGAUGGGUUUUUGUAACGAAGAAAGGCUAUCAAGCCACCGAGGAGUCCGUACAGAGCUCUGUGAUGACCAAAGUGAAGGGAGUUGUGUUGACCAAUUCCACUGACAUGGGACUGAGUUUGUGGGGACCAGAGGACUAUGUUAUUCCACCUCAUGGAGAUGCCAAUCUUUUUGUCACUACCAAUUUCAUUGAAACACCAAAUCAGAGGUUAAGCCACUGUGCAGAGAGCGAUAAGGUCCCGGAUGGUCGUUGUAAGGAAGACAAAGACUGCCUGGUGGGAGAAGCAGUUACUGCUGGUCACGGUAUAAAGACUGGCCGAUGCUUGAAGAAGGAUGGAAACAACUCUGGGACAUGUGAAAUAUACGGCUGGUGUCCAAUUGAAAGAACCCAGAUAUCCCACGUGCCUCUACUAGGUAAAGCUGAGACCUUCACCAUCUACAUCAAGAACUUCAUCAGGUUUCCGAAAUUCAGCUUCUCCAAGUCAAACGUCCUGGAGACAAACAACGCCUCUUAUCUGAAGACCUGCCUCUACCAUGAAUCGCUCCAGCCCUACUGUCCCAUAUUCCGACUGGGGGAUAUUAUCAACAGAACUGGGCACAGGUUCCAGGACAUGGCACAAUCAGGUGGGGCGAUCGGGAUCCUGAUAGACUGGAACUGCAAUCUAGACCGAGACGCGUCCGAGUGCCAGCCCAUGUACAGCUUCACCCGCCUGGACGUCAACUCCUCUGUCAGCUCCUCCACGUCUGGAUACAACUUCAGGUAUGUACGCUAUUACAAGAAUGCCACGGGACACACCUACCGGACCUUAUUUAAAGUGUACGGCAUUCGUUUUGACAUCAUGGUGCAUGGAAAGGCUGGGAAGUUCAAUAUCAUCCCCACCAUGAUUAACAUUGCAUCAGGACUUGCUCUAAUGGGUGCUGGUACAUUCGUCUGUGAUUUGGUUUUGCUCUACAUAAUGAAAAAGAGAACAGACUACAGAAGGAGAAAAUAUGAAAGUGUGAAGGAGCCGAACUCCAGGGCUGAGAGCAAUGAAAAUGAAGUCGAAGAAAAUGGAUUCCAAGACUGUGGAGAAACAGAAGUGAUGAAAGACAAUGAUUCACAAGUCUGACCCUACUGACUGCUUUUUGACUAACUACAGUGCAGAGGUUAUACUCUAUCCCUGCAGCUCCCCCAGACUUUUUCCAGUGGGACCGCCUUUUGGACCUAAGAACAUUUUCACGGCCCUGCCGUGGCCAACCAGUGGGGCACUCGUCGUCUGCCAUGCGGCUGACCCGGGUUCGAGUCCCGGCCCGGGUCCUUUGUCAGCCCUUCCCCGUCUCUCUCUCCCCGCUGGCUUCCUGUCAAGGCCUUCACUGUCCCAUCAUAAAAUAAAGACAAAAAGACCAAAAAGAAUAUAUUUUUUUUAAAGAAUAUUUUCGCAACACUCCACCAAUGGGUUUUUUGUCCGUUGAUAUUGCAAGAUAUUGCUAGAAACUCACAGGAAAAUGCGUCAAUAUCUGUCAACCAUACAAGUGAAUUAUUGUUACCAUCCACAUUAUGGAAUUAUGGUAGCUGUUAACCUGUGGAUUUCCUGUUUUAAUGAAAAGUCCCAAAGUGUAUUAUGUCUUAUGAGGCCAUCCUAUGCUAGGUCUCAUGGGUAUGUUUUUUUCUGACUUAGUUAUUCCUUGAUUUGUUUUUUAACCUUUGACCCAGCUACCUUCAACCUUUGCCAAACUUGUGUCUUAUGUCUUAUGUCUUUUUUUAAUCAAACUAUCACAGCACAUUCAGCUGCAUGUUGUAUGAAUUGUCCUAUAAUGAUUUUAUUUUUAAUUCACACUGUAAGAAAUCGAGAUGAAGAUAUUGUAAGUGUUUGAUGACAGGCACUUUAGUCCAGUCAGUCAGUCUGCAGCCUGUUGCUGAAGAACUGAACAUGUUACCAUGUUGUUUUGUUUGCAUUGUUUACAUUUUAUACUUGAAAUGAUAUUUUUGUUACACUUUUAGGUUUGCAAUUGCAUUUGCAUAAAUCAUGUCUUAAAUAGCUGCUUUAUAAGGUUUCUCUGCAGUUUCACACCGAACAUGUCAAUAUAGGACGGCAAAUGACCAGGCCUCAAUACUGCCCUACAAAGGCAAUGUGCAAUAAGUAUAUACAUGUUUUGUCAAAAUUGAGUUUAGACUAAAAAAAAUGUUUUUUAUAACACCUCCUUGACAUUGUGACAAAGCUUUAUCGUCCAAAUGUGUCCCAUUUUAGAUAUACGUAUUGUUAUGUUAAAUUUGCAGUAACUACAAUAUCCAACCUAAUACCAAGGCUUUCAAGGUAUUUUCUCAGUUUCAGUGUUGACAUAGUUAUUGCACUUUGUCUUUGUAUAGAAUAUAGAAUAUAGAAUACAUGAUGCCAAAGUUACCCUUUUGCUUUGCAUAAUGACAUGGUUGGCCACACCUAAACUCAACCAUCACUUAAAUAAAACCCUUUUACACCAAGGUGGUACCUUUUCAUAUACCUUUGGUGCAAGUAGGUCACAGUAUCAAGGUCUGGUCAAAGUGUUGUAUAAUGACACGUUGAAGUGAGACCAUGUUGCUCUGUAGUUCUCUCCAUGAGCGACAAUUCCGUCCCCAGCCUGUAAAGUGACCAAAAAAUUAGAGCCACAAGGUAUUGCUUUAAAUCAAGGGUUCUCAACGCAGGGUCCGGGGACCCCCUGAGGGUCCAUGGCACAUUGGCAGGGGAUCCUUAUUCUAAGACUUACAUGUUAGCCACGUGACCCUGUUAGCCUACGUUAAUAAUCAGUCACAUCACUAUCUCUCUGAGAGAGGCUAAAAUAGCUUGGUGAGCCAUUCGAAAGGCUACAAGCAGAGUCAUGCCAUAAUCAUUUGCAAUAACAUGGCUAUUUAAAACAAUUGUGGUGGUAACUGUAAUGGGAUUAUGAGGGGGUCCUUUGAAAAUGUUCCACUCCCUUUGGGGAUCCCUGGGCUCUGGCAACAAAACAAG